AGAUGCUCUACGACAGAGGUUUUAAAUGCCAAUAAUUAUGAUACUUUAACAUCGUAACUGUGCACCAUAGUACGGUAGGAAAUCGGACCGACAUAGAGUAUCAGAGAUGAUGAGUUCCCUUUUGAACAAAGUCGUUAUCAUUACAGGUGCUAGUUCAGGAAUAGGUGCUGCGACUGCACUUGAAUUUGCCAAAACUGGUGCAAGAUUGGUUCUAGCUGCACGUAAUGUAGAGAGGCUAAACGAUGUAGCGAGUCGGUGCUCCGCAAAAGGACUACCACAGGAGAAGAUAUUUGUAACAAGUUGUGAUAUCACAGUGGAAGAAAACUUGAAAAGUUUGGUGGGUUCAACUUUAGAGAAAUAUGGACAAAUAGAUGUUCUGGUAAACAAUGCCGGAAGUGGUCAGUAUGUUAGUUUUCUGAACACAUCGGCGGAGGUGUUCGACAACAUCUUUAACAUCAACACCCGCGCACCGUUCAUGCUGACGCAGAUGUGCGUCCCCCAUUUGAAGAAAACAGAAGGAUGUGUGGUAAAUGUGUCCAGCAUUUCCGGACAACGAUCAUUUCCAUUGGCUCUCACCUACUGUAUGAGUAAGGCUGCACUGGAUCACUUCACCAGGACUCUGGCUGUCGAUCUGGCCAAGGACAAGGUCCGGGUCAACUCUGUGAAUCCAGGAGUUGUAGUUACUGAAUUCCAGAGACGAGCAGGAAUGACGGAGGAAGCUUACAAGGCGUAUUUAGAAAAACAGAAGGAACUUCAGCCACUAACAGCAGCUAUUGAACCUGAGGAAGUUGCCAAGGUGAUCCUGUUCCUCGCCUCGGACCAAUCGGCCUCGGUCACAGGGGAACUUGUCUUUGUGGAUGGAGGGCGUCAUGCUAAAGCACCUGUAUAAGGAAACAUGGUCACCAUUGAUGACCAUACAUCAAUAAUAGAACAAUAAUGUAUUAGUGCAAUGUAUCUUGGCAAUUUGAAAACACGUUCAGUUCUUGUUAAUGGCAGGGAGUAUCCAAUUUCUCUGAUACAUUGUAUUAUAAGAUAGGAUUAAAAUGUGCAUUAUUGCUGCUUGUGUUUCCCAUGCAUGAAUACAUAUUAUAAUUUGUAUCAAAUAAAUUGGCUUAACACAUUGA